AUGGAAGCAGAAGCAGAUGUUGUGAUUGUGGGAGCUGGAAUUUCUGGCCUUGCAACAUCCUUAGGACUUCACAGGCUGGGGAUUAGAAGCUUGGUGUUGGAAUCAUCUGAUAGUUUGAGGACAACAGGUUUUGCAUUGACAACAUGGACAAAUGCAUGGAAGGCCUUAGAUGCCCUUGGUCUUGCCGAUUCUCUUCGCCAACAACAUGUCACACUUGAUGGAUUGCCAAUCUCGACCGUUAGUUACGCAAAAUCAGUCCUAACAUGUUUGUUGGUACUUGCUAAGUUCUACUUUUGCACGCACGAAACUGAUUGUAGAGAUUUGAAUGUACAGGAAUGUAACUUCCUCAAGAAUUACAGGGCUUCAAACGUUUGA